CCCUGUUGUUUUUUGAAGGGGAACUAGCCGCGGAAACCUGUAGGAACUGUAAAUUGACUACAUAACCCAGAGCGCUGUGUGAUUACAGUAGAUAGCGUCUGCUUAAGGAGUUUUUACCGCUAACCCAGGCAUUGCUGGCCGGCAGGUUAAUCAGCUAAUUGAUUUUGAGCCUCAUACAGCCGGCAGCGGCCAUAUGCUACAUGUUACGCAAUGAAGACGACAGUGACAGAGUGACUUCUCGCAGCUAAAACGAGCUAGCCCGGCUGCUAGCCUAGCUUCAGUCCACACCAAACUUUGAGGUCUCGUUUGCUAGUCGGUCGCCGGACAGCAGACUCCGAACCUGCCGCUGCUCGCGUUUGUAACACUUUAUUUUAUAGCCUCCUGUCUCCUCUUCCAAUGGCUUUAGUCGCGGCGGCUCGGCGGCUCGCUCAGGCUAGUUUACGGGAAUAUUCGCGGAGGAGCACGGCGGUGUGGCGGGGAGCCUGGCAGCCGGCGGAGCGGAGUUUCACCACCGGAACACAGCCACUCAGGUCAGACAGCAAGGUGACGGUCCACUUCAUCAACCGGGACGGGGAGAAGAUCACAGUGAAGGCCUCGCCUGGCGACUCUCUGCUGGACGUCGUCAUCAACGAAGACCUGAACUUUGACGGGUUCGGAGCCUGCGAGGGAACCCUGGCCUGCUCCACGUGUCACCUGAUCUUCGACGAAGAGGUGUACAAGAAGCUGGGGCCGGUCACAGACGAGGAGAUGGACAUGUUGGACUUGGCUUACGGCCUGACCGAGACAUCUCGUCUGGGUUGCCAGAUCUGCCUGACCAAGUCUCUGGAGGGCAUGGUGGCCAGAGUCCCAGAGAGCGUCGCAGACAUCCGGCAAACCAAAGACGGCUCCGCUUAGACCGGGACGCGACGCGAGCGCACAACGGUGGGUGGAAAUCAGCCUCGUCACGGACUGCCGCAGAACCGUCGUCCAGUUUUUUUAUAAAACCGUUUUUCUAGAGUAAAAUGCGAACUGUAACCAGAGAUUUUACAGAAACUUGUCUCUAGUAUAAAAUCAACUGUAUUUAUGAGUUAUAAACUGCUGUCUAGCUUAGUUGAAUGUCUUAUAAUCUGGUGUAAUAAUUUUAAUCACCAAGAAAUGCUCCUCCAACCAAACUUUGUCACAUCUGCAGGAGAAAAUAAAGUCAACAUAAAAUAUUGUAAAAAAAAAAAAAA